GCGAAUUAAUUAUAACGUAGUGAAAAAGGCGCGCAGGGCGAAGCGUAGAACGAGAAUUGAAAACGUUCGAAGAUCAACGAAUGCAAUUUAUUUGGUUCGAAAACGAGAGAAUUUCUCGUUUUUCCCGUUCUGUAACUGUUUGACGAAGCAACGAUAGAGGCGGCUAAUGCAAACUAUAAAUAGGCGUUUCGUAUCCCGCAGAAUUUUCGAGCGAAGCGGAGUGCCUGCACUCGAUAGGUUAUACUUUAAGAAAAUUAUAGCUCAACGAAGUGAGUGAAACUAAUUACUACCCAUUAAAAAUGGAUCCAUCUUCUCGUGAAUCGUCAGUAGAAAUAGAAGUUGAGGAAGACGAACUGUUCGACGCAGUGAUAUGUAUGAAUAGUAAGGAAAUUGUCGAAACGAAACAGAAUGGUACGAAAAAAGACAACUUGGACGCUAAUACCUGGUAUGAAGAUGUAAUAAACGCGGAACUUUACGAGAAGACGCAAAAAUAUGAACAGUCGAGUGCACAAAGUGACGAUACUCAAAUGGAGCAUAAAAGUAAAGAUAACAUUAGGUAUAUAGAAUACAAAGCUAAUGUAAAGAAUAAACCGGAUUCACAUACGCUACGUAAGAGAGCGAGACAAGACAGUAUGGAUAAUGAGGAUGCUAAGGUAUCUCGUAGCAGACGUUACUCCAGUGACUCUACCUCGACCACGAAUUCGUCAGAAAGUGGGAAGAAACACUUGGAAUUCGAGACAGAUCCGGUUGUAUUAGCGCGCAGACAAAAGGAGAUAGAUUAUGGCAAAAAUACUAUCGGAUAUGACAGAUACAUUCAGCUAGUCCCUAAAGAGAAUCGUACACGAGAACAUCCAAGGACACCACCAAAAUAUAUCAAAUAUAGCAGGAGAGGGUGGGACGGUAUGGUGAAAUUGUGGCGAAAACAACUUCAUUAUUGGGAUCCUAAAGAGAAUGACAAGGCUGAUUAAAACACUCAAGUUAUUCCAUUAAAAUACUGCCAAUCACUUCUCUUAAUUUAUAUUGCAAUUAUAUUGUUUUGAAUUUUCCUAUGCUGUUAAUUCAGCACAUAUCGCUUCUAGAGAGUAAAAAAAACGUAUGA